CCUUCGGAUUUUGCGCGCCUGAUGGUUUCCGAUUCCGGCGCGUUCCCGAGUGUGGCUCACGUGUUCCGAUUUUGGGUUUCAAGCUGAAUUUCUCAUCGGGUCGACGCAUGCGGAUGACAUCGAAGCUACUGAAACGCAACACAGACGCGCAACUCGACAGAAGCGAAGCUUCCGUCGGCGCCGAUAAACGCGGUUGGAAGUCGCUAACACGCGGGCGCUAACCACUAGCAACUCGUCUGGAGCUGGAAAAUGUUCGGAAGUCGCCCGCCAAGCGAGGCGCGCACGUUACCGUGGAAACCUGGCAUCGUUGCGAGCGUUUGUGACGGAGAAUGUCGACGCGAUUUCUGUCCGUUCUUGCGUAAUUCUCGCAGACACGAUGUGACUCGCUCGAGACUGUCGCCGACGCUUGUGGUUGGCUUAAUAGUUCCUGCUUCGGUUAAGUCAGGAGAAUGUGACUCAGAAGCACCCGAUGUCCAAUCAACUUCUCGUCCCAGAAGCUCUUGGAGAACCGAGCGGCGACCGAGAACCUCGCUCAGAACCUUUUCAGGGGCAACGCCAACACGAGACCGAACGGCGGCGCUACAGCGCCCAUCUCCGAGCAAUUAUUUGACGCGUCAAACACUUUUCCAGAACAUCCUUCUCGGAUAAGAGAAAACGGCGAGCGCUUUCGUGAGGAGACUUGAUGUUGAUGCUGGCGCCUAACCCGGCUGUCUUCGGACGAGAGGCGGGCGGGGUACGCCUCGAAGCGGUCGCCAGCCAAUCGCAGGGCACACAUAAACAAACAACCGUUGGCACUCAGGUUCCCACUUACGGGCAAGUGAGAGCUUUCGGUGAGGCGAGCACGCGUGUUUUGGGAUGUGGGAGGAAAGCGCAGCGCCCGGAGAAAAGCCACGCGGGCACGGGGAGAACACGCAAACUCCACACAGGCGAGGCCGGAUUUGAACCCGCGACCGCACAACAGUGAGGCGGAUGUGCUAACCGGUCGUCCACGGUGCCGCCGCGGGUCGUCAUGUCAAGACUGGCCAGCUGGCGGCGAUCAAGGUCAUGGAUGUCACGGGAGAUGAGGAGGAGGAGAUUAAAGCGGAGAUCAACAUGCUGAAGAAGUACAGCCACCACCGGAACAUCGCCACCUACUACGGCGCCUUCAUCAAGAAGAAUCCUCCGGGCGUGGACGACCAGCUGUGGCUGGUGAUGGAGUUCUGCGGCGCCGGCUCGGUGACGGAUCUCAUCAAGAACACCAAAGGCAACUCUCUGAAGGAGGAGUGGAUCGCUUACGUGUGCCGGGAGAUCCUCAGGGGUCUCACUCACCUCCACCAGCACAAGGUCAUCCACCGCGACAUCAAAGGUCAAAACGUGCUUCUGACGGAGAACGCCGAAGUCAAGCUAGUGGACUUUGGUGUGAGCGCCCAGCUGGACCGCACGGUGGGCCGCCGGAACACCUUCAUCGGGACGCCAUACUGGAUGGCGCCGGAGGUGAUCGCCUGCGACGAGAACCCGGACGCCACGUACGACUUCAAGAGCGAUCUGUGGUCGCUGGGCAUCACGGCCAUCGAGAUGGCCGAGGGAGCGCCGCCGCUGUGCGACAUGCAUCCCAUGAGAGCGCUCUUCCUCAUCCCCAGAAAUCCCGCCCCCCGACUCAAGUCCAAGAAGUGGUCCAAGAAGUUCCAGUCGUUCAUCGAGAGCUGCCUGGCGAAGAGUCACGGCCAGCGGCCGAGCACGGAGCAGCUGCUCAAGCAUCCCUUCAUCCGCGAGCUCGCCAACGAGCGGCAGGUGCGCAUCCAGCUCAAGGACCACAUCGACCGCACCAAGAAGAGGCGCGGGGAGAGGGACGAGACGGAGUACGAGUACAGCGGCAGCGAGGAAGAGGAUGAAGAGCGGGACAUCGGCGAGCCCAGCUCCAUCAUCAACAUUCCCGGCGAGUCGACUCUGAGGCGGGACUUCCUGCGCCUGCAGCUGGCCAAUAAGGAGCGCUCGGAGCUGAUUCGCCGCCAGCAGCUGGAGCAGCAGCAGAACGAGGAGCACAAGCGCCAACUGCUGGCCGAGAGGCAGAAGCGCAUCGAGGAGCAGAAGGAGCAGAGGCGACGCCUGGAGGAGCAACAACGUCACGAGCGCGAGAUGCGCAAGCAGCAGGAGCGCGAGCAGAGGAGGAGGUUCGAGGAGAUGGAGCAGAUUCGCCGCGACGAGGAGAGGCGCCACGCCGAGAGGGAGCAGGAGUUCAUCCGUAGGCAGCUGGAGGAGGAACAGCGGCAGCUGGAGAUCCUGCAGCAGCAGCUCCUCCAGGAACAGGCCUUGCUGCUGGAGUACAAGCGGAAGCAGAUCGAGGAGCAGCGGCAGGCGGAGCGUCUGCAGAGGCAGCUGCAGCAGGAGCGAGCGUACCUGGUGUCUCUGCAGCAGCAGCAGCAGCAGCAGCAGGACCCGCAGCAGCAGCAGCAGCAGCAGCGCCCCCCGCAGGACAAGAAGCAGCUGUACCACUACAAGGACCAGGCGCCCGGCGCCGCCAGCGACAAGCCCGCCUGGGCCAAGGAGGUGAUGCGUCGAGCUCAGAGCAACUCCCCUCGCAUCCCCCCCAAGAAGUACCACUCCUUUAGGCACGUGCGCGACGCCCACCUGGACCCGCUGCUCCUACUUCCUGGCUACAAGCCCCGGCGGCGCCGCCCCCCCUCCUACCCCGCCCACGUCAGCCCCUCCCGGGACCGCCUGCCGCGCGACCGGAUCACCUGCGUCCCCGAGCCCGGGCGCGACCCUCGAGGCCGGAGUCCCAGCCGCCGGGUGGACGAGCGUUUUGCCGCCAACCGCCAGACUUCUCCUGCGUUGCAGCACAAAGCGUCCAACCGGAUCUCGGACCCGUCGCUGCCCCCCCGAUCCGAGUCCUUCGGCAGCUGCGCCAUCCAGCAGGCGCGGACGCCGCCCACGCACCGCGCCGUCGAGCCGCAGAUGGCACACCCGGUGCAGGUGAAGAGUCCGCCGGGCCUGUCGGGCUCUCAGUCUCUGUACGAGCCGCACGGGGCGUCGUCGUCGUCGUCGUGCGCCCCGUCGCCCUCCCCCUCGCGCCCCCCCGUGCCCCGGCAGAACUCGGACCCCACCUCCGACACCCCUCCCCCCCUGCCUCUGGCACGUCUGGCGCCCCCUCUGGACAAGCUGGAGCGCAGCUCGUGGCUGCGGCAGGACGACGACGUGCCCCCCAAGGUUCCUCAGAGGACCACGUCCAUCUCCCCGGCCUUGGUGAGGAAGAACUCCCCGGGAAACGGGCCGGGCCUGGGGCCGCGCGCCGGGGCUCACCUCAUACGCGCCAGCAACCCUGAUCUGCGGCGGGCUGACAUUUCCAUGGAUACGCCCAUGAAGAGGAUGAGCAGCGGAAGCUCGUCCAGCUCCAGCACCCCCAGCUCGCAGGCGGGGUCCAGCGAGCGAGCAAACGCGGCCACCAAGCCCGAAGGCUCCGCGAUGGCGUCUGACGAGGCAAAAGACGACAGCAGGGACGCGUCCAGACCCGCUCGGCCUGCGAGCUAUAAGAAAGCUCUCGACGAGGACCUGACGGCGUUGGCCAAAGAGUUGCGAGAGCUGCGCCAGGGCGAAGAAACCAGCCGGCCGCCCGUCAAGGUCACCGACUACUCUUCGUCCAGCGAGGAGUCGCACAGCAGCGAGGAUGAGGAAGGAGACGGAGAGGGCGGAGCCAACGACGGAACCGUCGCCGUCAGCGACAUCCCGCGAAUCAUGCCUGCCGCCGGCCAAGGUGCCGACGAGUCCCCGGGCAUGACGGGUGGCCGCCACAACUCGCACGGCGACGCCUACGGAACUCAAGGCGGCACACUGAUGAUGCGCGAGUACGGGAUGGGAGGAGGAGGGGGCGGCGGCUCCAAGGCCUCCUUCACUCCGUUUGUGGACCCCAGGGUGUACGGGACUUCCCCGACGGACGACGACGACGACGACGACGACGACGACGUCUCUGCUUCGGCGCCGUUCACCGACGAGCUGCUGAAGCAGGAGCAGGCGCGGCUCAACGAGGCGCGCAAGAUCUCGGUGGUCAACGUCAACCCCACCAACAUCCGACCGCACAGCGACACGCCCGAGAUCCGCAAGUACAAGAAGCGCUUCAACUCCGAGAUCCUGUGCGCCGCUCUCUGGGGGGUGAACCUGCUGGUGGGAACGGAGAACGGGCUGAUGCUUCUGGACCGCAGCGGGCAGGGCAAAGUUUACAACCUGAUCAACCGCAGACGCUUCCAGCAGAUGGACGUCCUGGAAGGUCUCAACGUCCUGGUCACCAUCUCAGGCAAGAAGAACAAGCUGCGCGUUUACUACCUGUCCUGGUUGAGGAAUCGAAUACUCCACAACGACCCCGAGGUGGAGAAGAAGCAGGGCUGGAUCACCGUGGGCGACCUGGAGGGAUGCGUGCACUACAAAGUCGUGAAGUACGAGAGGAUCAAGUUCUUGGUGAUCGCCUUGAAGAAUGCCGUGGAGAUCUACGCCUGGGCUCCCAAACCUUACCACAAGUUCAUGGCCUUCAAGUCUUUCGCGGAGCUGCAGCACCGCCCCCUGCUGGUCGACCUGACCGUGGAGGAGGGCCAGAGGCUAAAGGUCAUCUACGGCUCCAACGCCGGCUUCCACGUCGUGGAUGUGGACUCCGGAAACCCCUACGACAUCUACAUACCCUCGCAUAUCCAAGGUCAGGUGACGCCGCACGCCAUCGUGGUGCUGCCCAAGACGGACGGCAUGGAGAUGCUGCUGUGCUACGAGGACGAGGGCGUCUACGUCAACACGUACGGACGCAUCACCAAAGACGUCGUGCUGCAGUGGGGCGAGAUGCCCACCUCCGUCGCCUACAUCCACUCCAACCAGAUCAUGGGCUGGGGCGAGAAGGCCAUCGAGAUCCGCUCGGUGGAGACGGGCCACCUGGACGGCGUCUUCAUGCACAAGCGAGCUCAGCGCUUGAAGUUCUUAUCGGAGAGGAACGACAAGGUUUUCUUUGCGUCGGUGCGCUCGGGAGGCAGCAGCCAAGUGUUCUUCAUGACCCUCAACAGAAGCUCCAUGAUGAACUGGUAACCCGGCCGCGCUAGCAACCCGACCGCCGCGCCCCGGGCGGGGGGGGGGUCGAGGACGGACGAGCUCCGCGGCGCCUUUGUCGCCGACGCUCGCAUCUCCGCGAGGUCGCCCGCGUGACGCCGGGUCGCCCGGGAUCUCGCCGCGCGGCCCGGCCGGCGGCCGCUCGUACGGACGACUUGUAGCGCAUGACUUCUUCUUUGCGGGACACUUCCUGGAUCCGCUCCAAUCCGGCGACGUCUUUUAAUGCCGCCAGGAAGCGGACUGAACAUUUUUCCUCCCAAACGGGCGCGUCGCUCGCCUGUUGGUUUUCAAAAGACUUUUUUUUUUUCUUUCCAAUAAUGGCUCAUAAACGUGAGCACUGUGUUUUUAAAAAAAAAAAAAAAAAAAAAACUGUUGUAGAAGGGGAAAAGAGGAAAAACAACUGGACUGGUUCAAUGAGCGAGUAUUCGUUAGGAGUCGGCUUGCAAAGGGGAGGAAAAGUUGCAGUCAAUUUACAGAUUUACAGAUUCUGGUGAAUUGACAGGAAAUGAUAAACACUUUUUUUUGUGUCAUAAGCAGACAUCCAUGCAAAAAUGCAAAAUAAAUCUUGCCAGUCUUUUAAUUCAAGUGCUGCCUUGAGAUACAAGUUGAAUUUGUUCCAUUACCAUGAAUGGAAAUGCAAAACCGGCUCGGUGGCACGUUGGCGCCACCAACUGGAAUUGUCCUUCCACUGCACGGAAAUCAAUGUCAAUCGAUGGCGGCCGGAUGUUUAGUGCGCCGGCGCCAUCUAGCGGUAGGCUUGUUCCCUUAUGUCAAGACAAAAAAUUGGUCAGUGACAAAAAACUCGUAAAUUGGGGCACCCGCCACUUUAACUGUACAGGAAGUCCUCCAUUUACCAACGAGUUCCGUUCGUCACACGAUUUUCCGCGUAAGUCGGAUUUCACCGUUCAAGUCGAAAUUGACGGCGAAAUACUUCUGUUGCAGAGGCGCUAAUAAAGCCCUUAAAGCAGCAAAUGGGCGCUUCGUGCCUUUCUUGUUGCCGCCGCCCGGCUCGCCCGUGCAACCAGAGGAGGGAUUUAAGCCAGGUCAGGUGACCGUAGCGGGAAAGGUUAACACUUCGUAUGAAGAAACUCAAAUACAUUCAAAUCCCAAAAAUAAGAUGCCGUACUUCCCAUUACUGCUGAGAGUGUGAAAAAAAGGGCAAAGAUACUCCCGGCGCGCAAACACAGACAAGCGCUAUGCGCUAGCUAAGCAGAGACAAAAUGGCGGCCGAGGCAUCAAGUCGAAACGUCGUAGGUCGACUGCGUCGUAACUGGAGGACUUCCUGCACUCGCUUUAGAUCUUCUUGUUUCAGUCGGGCUUAUGCUCACACGUAUUUUCCACAAAUCCAACUUUGAGUUUGCUCAAUUGCAAUAAAUCCGCGUUAAUUCCACGGAAAAUGUCUCAUUUUAAAACUUCCCGGAAUGUCGCAACGCUCGCCGUGAGUCGUCUCCGACUUUUGUUCCCGCAGUCAAAUCCCCGUUUGACUUUUCGCUUGCGACCACUCCCAACUUGUUUCCUCUCUUUUUCCUUCCGAGCGUAGCAGACUUCUCCUCCGAGCUUCUUCCCACGAAACCUGCCGCAAAUGUUUCCCGCUCGGCAGCAAUUCUUGUAGCGGGCGCUUAAGAUGGCGUCGUGCGGCCGACGCGGAUGGCUUGUUGAACGUUGAACGUUUGUUUGUUUUCUUUGCCCUCCUUUGUCACGAAGAAAAGGGAGGAGUUGCCGCGCCUGUGUCAAUCCUCCCGCCGUUUCGGACGCCCGCGCUAGCCCGCUCACGCCGCACUUUUGCUCGACAUUUUCCAUCUGGCGAGCUGUGUCGGGAGUCGCUCCGGAGCCACUUUUCCGUGGUUCUCGACGGCCGGGUCGGGACCCAAAAGCGGGUCACGGAGCCAUCGCGGUCGGAAACGACGCCUUCUUCUCAGCUAAGGGCAGGAGCGACAUGACAUUCCGAGGUCACAAACGGCGUAGGAAUGCGUCCACGGUUUGGGCAUUUAUUCCAAAGGUCCAUGUACUAGUACACUCUGUCCGCACUACCAGAAGACAACUUUGGCAUACUAGUAGAACAACUACACGUUACUAGUGAGGCAGAACUGCACCAGUUUACAAGAGUACUAUUAGUGACAAGGUAAAACUAACAGUUGACUAGAUGUCCACCGUGAGGCACUUUUGCGUUGCACCUUGAGUACUUGGACCCUUCCAGACCUACGGACUACCGCCAAUAUUUUUCUAAGAAUGGAAUGUCAAUUCAAUUCCAGCGAACACGUAGACACGAUCGCGACGUGCAAUCGUCGAUCGUCAAGAAAUAACGAGACCUCAUAACUCCCUGUCAAAACAGACAUUUGAGGACGGAAGAUGUCCCACUUCCUCGCGGCGUCGCCAUUUCUUCGCAAGAUACUUGACAUCCCCACAGGGGGGGGCGCAUAUUCAGCAUCCAAACGCCAACGAUUUCUCGCCGAUGUCAUGACGCCAUGUGAGGCCGCACAUAUCGCGCCAAGCGGAAACCGAAAACAUGACUUGUAAGACUGGAAGAAGUGAAUCGUCUCACUAGUGAGGACGAGGACGGUACUAGUAAGCUGGAACUCAAGGAUCAGGACUUUCCAGACAAAAUGUAGCUGUGAACAUUGAAACAAUGGAAUUAGUCAUGCACAUCUCCUGACUUCUUUGUUGUUCCGCCGAAUUUGUGUAUUUCGCUUGCGAGGAGGUGGAGCGCUCUCUUGCCCGAGCUCCAACCGGAUGCGUUUUUACGACCUUUAUUGACAGUGUACAUCUUACUCUUGGGUUGUAGAGAAAGACAGAAAAUAAUGUGGAUUAAAGCUUAGGUGUCUUUCUACAGAUGAGAAAACAUAGCUAUAACACUUUCUUAACAACAACAACAACAAAUCGACAGUUUUUAUUGUGAUCUUUGUAUUUCCAUUUUUGUACGCUGUCCCAUUGCGCGUGCGCAGAUGAGCGACGUGCACGUGAGCGUGUUUUCACCUCAUCUGGUUCACGGCAAUCCAACGACGACCUCAAUCUGAGGACACGCAUCUGUAAUGUUGGAAUUCGACAAUAAACGUCCUCUUGUUGCACACCAA